ACCCGCUGUGCGUCGCAUUCAUUGUGACAAAAAAUACUCCAGGAACAUGUGCGCAAUGGCCAUGGCUAUCCUCCUCCUCCUUCUCCUUCUCCUGCCUCUCGCCGCUGCCCAGUGGCAAUCCUGCGACGGAAUCAGCAACUACACAGCAAGGAGCACGUACGAAACCAACCUGAGGCUCCUGUCGUCCGCCCUCCCAAAGAAAGCCGCGUCUAACAGCACUCUCUUCGCCACCGGCACCGCCGGCGAUGUUCCCGACACCGUCUACGCCCUUGCGCUCUGCCGCGGGGACACCAACGCUUCCGCCUGCGAGGACUGCGUGGCCACCGCCUUCAAGGACGGGCAGAGGCUCUGUCCGUACGAUAAGGGUGCCACCUUGUACUACGAUCCCUGCAUGCUUAGCUUCUCCGACCAGAAUUUUCUCGCCACCAACGACAAUAGCGGUGUGCUUCUCCUCAUGAACACCCAGAACUUCACGAUGAGCGCCGAUUCGGCCAGGCUCUUGUUGUUCAAUCUUUUGAACAGCACGACCCAAGCAGCCGUAAACAGCCCGAGGAGGUUCACGACUUCGCGCUUAGACGUCGGCUACAACUUCCCGACGCUGUUCUGUCUCAUGCAGUGCACGCCCGACCUGACAGCCGCCGAGUGCGCGGCCUGUUUCCAGGAUUUCCCACAGAUCACUCUCCAGUACCUCGACGGAAGUCAAGGUGGUCGAAUUCUCGGGAGGCGUUGUAGCAUGAGAUACGAGAUAUACCGGUUCUUUCAAGGGGACCCCCUGCCUCUUACCAUCGUGGCCUCCGCAGUUCCGGCGACCAACAACACUGCGCCAGGGACGCCAGUUGCCGUGUAUCCACAGCCGCAGGCGGAGCCUAAGACACCAGUUGGGGUACCACCACCGGAGGCACAAACGACGGUCCAAGAACAGCAAGGACGGAACUCAAAGCUGUGGGUUAUUGGUAUCGCCGUUCCAUUACUAUUGAUACUGCUCUGCUUUAUCUUUGCCAUUGUAUGGAUAAGAAGACGGAGAAAAGGAAAGGCAAACUUGCAGAAUCAAGCUGCGGCGAAUAGAGGGGGGGAAGAUGCACUGGUUUGGAGAUUGGAAGAGAAGAGUUCAGACUUCACCCUCUUUGACUUUUCUGAGAUAUUGGACGCUACGCGCAACUUCUCAGAAGAAAACCGACUUGGGCAAGGUGGUUUUGGCCCUGUCUACAAGGGCCAAUUACCAGGUGGGAUGGAAGUUGCAGUUAAAAGGCUUGCCUCACAUUCGGGACAGGGAUUCACAGAAUUCAAGAAUGAAGUUGAACUUAUAGCAAAACUGCAACACAAUAAUCUGGUCAGACUCUUGGGAUGCUGCAUUCAAGGAGAGGAAAAAAUUCUGGUGUACGAGUAUUUGCUAAAUAAGAGCUUGGACUUCUUUAUAUUUGAUGGGAACAGAACAACUUUAGUUGAUUGGAACAAACGCCGUUCGAUAGUCGAAGGGAUAGCACAAGGUCUUCUGUAUCUGCACAAGCACUCUCGUCUGCGCAUAAUACAUAGGGACCUUAAGGCCAGCAACAUUCUGUUGGACCAGGACAUGAAUCCUAAAAUUUCUGAUUUUGGGCUAGCAAAAAUUUUCAGCUCAAAUGAAAGUCAAGGAAGCACAAACAGGGUGGUGGGAACAUACGGUUAUAUGUCUCCAGAGUAUGCCUCUGAAGGUAUUUACUCGAUCAAAUCUGACGUGUUCAGCUUUGGUGUUUUACUUCUUGAGAUUCUUAGCGGAAAAAGGAAUUCUGGUUUCCACCAGUAUGGGGAGUAUCUUAACCUCCUCGGAUACUCAUGGCAGCUCUGGAUAGAAGGAAGUUGGCUUGAGCUGGUAGAAGCAGACAUUGCUGGGGAGAUCCAUACAACAGAGGCUAGGAGGUAUAUUAACAUUGCACUGAUGUGCGUCCAGGAGAAUGCAGAUGAUCGACCUACAAUGUCAGAUGUUGUUGCAAUGUUAAACAGUGAGAGUGUUGUUCUUCCGGAGCCUAAUCAUCCAGCAUACUUCAACCUAAGAGUAUCUAAGGUACACGAAUCGGCCAGUGUUGUUGAUCCAUGUAGUAUCAACGACGUUACGAUCACUGUGGAGCCAGAUGGCAGAUGAUUGAUCAUUCAUUUUACCUUUGUUCAUGUCUAACGAAUGGUUGUCUGUAGGCAUUAUCUUUAUCUUUACUCUAUUAAAGAGUCCAUCGGUGGCGGCUGCCCGUCACCUCAUUUUGUUGUGAAAAAACCCUUCUGGCCUCUUUCUAUUGUAAAAAGAGAACUUUUUAUCUCUUUCUAACUGAAACAAUACUUAAAUAUUUUGCAAAAGGCUCCCAUGGUGAUGAUGUU